AUGAAUUGUUUUAUCUGUGUUAGUCUUUUAUUUGUUGUUUGUCAUGCAUUUGAACUACACCCGUUUGUCAUUAAUAAAGGAAAGCAUUUAUAUCCUAUUCAAUUAAAAGGUAAUGAAACAAUACAAAUUUUCCAUACAGAACGAAUUUAUGAAGAGAUUAAAGUAUAUAAAACAACGCAUGAAAUAUACAUAGAAUCACCAAUAACACUAAACGCAGAAUAUUCUAUAAUUCAAUCAAAAGAAGAAUGUGUUUGUAAGAAAUGUCAAUAUGAUUGUAAUAGAGAAACUAAAGAAUGUAUGGUAGGAACAUUAAAAAGUGGUACAUUUACAUUUAACUCAUUUCUUGAUUUGUUAAUGCCUACAAAAUCAUUGUUUAUUUUCAUUAUCUUUGCUGUGUUAGUUGUUGUAAGUGUUUGUAUGGUUUGUACAAUGACAUGUCGAUUUGUUGAUUGUUUUACUGAUAUCUUGUGUAACAAAGCAAAGGCACGACAAAAAAGGGUUGAAAAAGAAAUGAGAAAAAAUAUGAAAGAAUCUGCUAAACAACACGCAUUAGAACUCGCUGCUUUGUAG